GCUUUUAUAGCGAGCAAGUUUUAUAUAACGUUUUGAUAGUAUAAAUAAUUAUUAAACUUAUUUGAGCCAUGGACAACAUGGGAAUAUCCACGGAGCCAAGUUUUCUUGAAGUUGAGCUUCCGCAAACAUUAAUUGAAUCGCCGUCGGUAUCUACGUUUCUACCCGAUGAAGAGGCCUCCAUUUGCCCAUUGCUGUCCAGAAAUAAUGCUUUGGGUGCGGAGAUAUUAUCACAUCCCCUUAGUCCCAACGUUGUUACCAGCGAUAUUGUCUCAUCCAAUAUCAGCAGUACAGAUUGCAAGGCGGAAACGAGCUCAUCUGGUAGCAGUACCGGCAUUGCUAUGGAUGCUAUGGACACAUCGACAAACCUCUUCAACAUAGUCAACUAUCAUCAUUUACAGAGCAACAAUAUGACAAUAAAUCAGGAAUCCAGUACAAACAGAAGGAAAUCGAAGGAAACACCAAAUUUUGUAUCCUGGAACUGGCCUCUGAUCAGGAAAUGUACGUUUUUCGUAUUUCUGUCUGGAAUCCUCGCCAUGUGCUCCAUAAUUGUUGCCCAAAUUGCCAGUAUGCCAAAAUAUUGUAAUCCAAAAACUGAAUGGUACCAGGGAAGCGUCUUUUACGAGAUAAAUCCCACAACCUUUAAAGAUACAGAUAAUGAUGGAAUUGGUGAUAUCAGAGGACUAAUAAAUGGCAUUGAAUAUUUUGCUAAUUUAGGUAUUUCGGGCGUCCGUCUUAACUCAAUUUUUCCAACUGCUCAACAUGCUGAUGAGCGCUUGAAUGGAUCAUCGAUGAGAAUUAUAAGACCCGAGCUUGGGCAUUUGAGUGAUCUUUAUAAGUUGGCCAAUGACUUACAUUCUCACAAUAUGACGUUGCUUUUAGAUUUUCCACUACAACAGGUUCUCUCUGGGAGAAAUGAGAGUGAAGUUAUUGAAUUAAUUGGAGAUUCUUUAGAUCAUUGGAUUAGGCAGGGGGUAAAUGGUUUUUAUUUGAAGGGAUUGGGAUCAUUAGACAAGAAUGUGGCAUUAGUAAAGUGUUUAGCUUCGUGGAAACGUAUACUUGGCAAGGAUCGAGUUCUAAUUGUUGAAGAAUCUCUGCUGAAAGUAACACCAAAGUCAAACGCAUCUUUAAUUUUCGAAUACAUCGAUUUGGUUGACGUUGUUUUAAAUGUUACAAGUGACACGCACACAAUUAAGAAACGUAUGGAGAAUGUUUUGGCACAAAUGCCUUCUGGCGAUGACACCACCUGGAUUCAUUGGUCAAUUGGAGAACACGAUUUGGAUGAAGUCAAUAUGCCGAAAAAGAUAUUUGCAGCUACACUUAUGCAGCUUACCUUGCCUGGAACUCCAAAUAUUUUGCACUCAAAUCAGAUCUUAAUUGCUCAGAAUCAUGACUUGAAUUAUUCAGAUCAGUUCCUAGAAGCUUGGAGUCACAUUGAUGUAGACUUCAAAUCAUACCAUAGCCUAAUAACGAUUAAGAACAUGAUUGAACUGCGAUCACGAUCCCCAUCGAUUUACAAGAAUUUCAUCUGCAAGGCAAAUAGCAAUAAGUCGAACACUCAAAUACUACUUAAUAAUGAAGCCAAAAAGCCAAUAUUAAUAGUAGUACGCAAUUAUCCAAGAAAAUUCUCAUUUGUUUCAAUCACAAAUUUGCAAAGUUCGAAAAUUGAAGUAGACUUAACAUCGAACUUUUACAGUGGAAUUCGAAUGCUCAGUGAAUCGAAUGAAACAAUCUAUUUUAAAAAAUUCCAGAUUGAUUUAUUAGAGACAAUUGUUGUAAAAUUAAAUAAGUAAGAAUUGGUUGAAAUGUAUGUAUAUAUUUAUAUACUAA